AUGAUCAUCACCGAGGCUCUUUUUGCGUGCCUCCGCGAGUGGCAUGACGCCACGUUGGCCAGGGCUUUUUUUGCCGACGAUGAGGGCGUUUUUGUUCUUUUUUCAGCGAUGAACGUUCUGCCAGGAAAUGUGGAGACAAAUGAAGCCGGUGAGUCGGCCACUGCACUCGAGCUACACACGCGCUGCUGUCAGGGCUCCAGACCCUUUUUGGAGUCGGAGCGUCUGCAGGUUGCGCGCCUACUGCGAUUCCGACCUCUUUUUCAGGAGAAGAAAAAAAGUGUUUCUGUGAGUGACGGCAAUGAAGUGGAUGAAUGCUCAACAGCCUCUUCGACAUCUCCGGAUGGGCGGAACAUCAUUGCUCGCCUUCUACUCGAGCUUCACGCGUCGUCCUGCUGGUGGCGCCAAGGGGAGUUCGUGCAACAUAUGCUGAGAACACCGCGGUUCUCAUUGGCCGACACCGCCAUUAUCCGCCACCGCUGCGCUGCUGUUGUGGUGACGGAUGAGACCUCCUCCGCCUCGCAGUUGAAGAGUCUCGAUGCCAUGCCCGAUGGUGACUCUCACGCCAAGAAACUGUUACUCCCGAGAGGGUCGCCCCCCUCAUUUCUUCAGGGCGUACUGAGUUCCUACCUAGUGAAGUGGCUGCGUGCAAAGAGAACGCAAUCAUUAAGUCAUUUGACAAGUAACACACCGAUGAGUCUUCUGCGUGUUAUUUUUUUCCUAAAGAGGCCGCGUUCCUCUGAAGAGAGUGACGAGCACAGUAAUGACGAAAGUGACGAGCUUAUCCCAUGUGUCAGCCUUUUGAUGGCCCUUUUUGGCUACACUCUGACACAGACACCGCCCCGCAACACGUGUGAUGCAUCUGAGGCUCAUAAAGCAUGGCAACAACUCUGUAUAGACAUGCAAUGCCAUUUCUGUGGUGGAAGACCCCGGUUAACUCUUGAGAAGACGGUGGCAGAAGAGCCUUUAGACCAACCCCAACUCCAGCAGAAAAAUGAAGAAGAUGUCAUGGAGGGAGAACACAACAAAAGGAUGGAGAAUGGUGAAACUUUGUUGACAGCAGAACCAACUUCUCGGCAGGAACCCGGGGAACCAGUUGGCUUGGAGAACCGCGCGCAACUAGAAUUAGAAACUUCACAAACGUCGAUUAACCAGGAUGAGAAUAAAAAUGUGCUUGCGCAUGUUGCUGCCGUAUGCAAUGCAGAUAAAAAGGAGGCGUCUCCGCACUCAAGCUUCUGCUACACGAUUGAAGUGAGUGAGCAGGAUGAAAUCUCCGGCCACCACAACACCUGCCCUUGGAAGGCGUUAUUCCUUUCUGCUGUUCUUGCCGACACCACGUCGUCAUUUCCGUCCAAAGAGGUACUUUUUAGUCUUUGCAACGCCGACGAGGAGGGAGGGUCUUUGCAGAUGUGUUUCAAACUUCCGGAAGUGGCAAAAUUAAUAAAAUGUUGGAGACGCAGUUUGUACGCGGAGUCUGUUUGGAAGGAGAUGUACAUCAGACAUCCAUUACCUGCAGCUUUGUCGUCCGUAAUUCCGUCACCUGCCGAUUCAGGGACGGAGGCGUUUCUGGAGCGGUUGGCGUCUCGAAGUGCGGAGGGGGAGACUUUUCAGUUGAAGCCUCUCACGCCCCUCUUUGAUGACCGCAGCCCCUGGGACAGUUACUUCCGUGUAGCCUCCUUCCUGAAGGCCUCUGCCAUUGUUGAUUACGGCGGGGUUGAGGUAAGAGGAAAGGAUACGACUGAGAUUAGGAAGCCGCCUAAAGUGGAGGAAGAGAGGCACUGGAAGGCGGUGUACGACAUGGGGCGUCGCUGCAUGUUGGCGGCGGUGGAAGAGGGAGACAGUGAGUCGGCUGUGGAGUUGUCGGAAAAAUUCAAAGAGCAGUAUCGCCACUGUGCGCAGCAAGAUGCAACAGGAGGCCACACAUUUUUACCUCUUGAGGGCGUGAUGCGUAAACUGCUUCACCUGCUGAAUAGCACACUGUCUGUGGACUUGCUCCAUGGCAGAAAAGUUUCUCUAGGCGGAUUAUUUGAGGGGCCUAAAAUUGCCGCACAGGAACAGAAAAAUGUUCAUUCAUUUUUAGAUGCACUGGACGACGUGGUGGAGAAUGCCACACACGAGCCCCCAGCGACAGAACCAACAGAUCCAGCAAAGCGUCCGCUUUUAAUUCAGGGCAAUAACAAUGAUACCACCUUGAAGAAAGGAGGAGGAGGAGGAAAAGGAGGAACCAGCGGUGCUCGGCAGAAGCAACCAAAACAACCUCAGAAGCAGAAGCAACACCAGUACCAUCACCACCAGCAUCAACAACAUCAACAGCAACAUCAGCGUCAGCAGCAUCAGCAACAACUUCGCCAACAAGGCAUGCCAAUGCUUAUGGCACAGCAUGUACUUUUGCCAUCUUCUUCCCCAACCGAGGGAGUUUUCCCCUUUCCUGCCAGAGGGUCUGGAAGUGGUGUCCUACCGACGCCAGUACCUGUCUUUCAACAACAGCAACAACCGCCACCGCAUUUACCGUUUCAGCCGGCACUGCAUGGCAUCCCAUUUACAAAUUGUAACCAGAAAACAGUACUCGGCGGCGAUUCUAUUGGGGUCCUGGAUGAUGCGUACAUGCAACGGCCUUCUGUCAUGGGGCAAUGCCAAACGACAGUCGCGAAACCCCCACAAGCGCGGAUGGGUGGGCGAGGGGGGAAUCAUCGUGGUGCCAGGGGCGGUGGGCGAGGGGGUGGAAACCCGUUUAAGGGGUGA